CACAGUCAAUUAUGCAUCCUCCUUACAUCUCAUCUAUAAAAAAACUGCAUUCAAUCCAUUGCUUGACAAAACAUUUAUCAGGAAGUAGAUUGGUUAAUCAGUAUGGAGAUGGUAUUAAUCUUUGUGUUUUCAUGCCUGCUGCUGUUUACAAAUCAUCACCGUCAAUCCUGUUCAGAAGCAGCAAAAUCUAAUCUGGAAUACCCAUAUCCAUUUAUGACAGUAGAUGCUGAAAAGGCAGCUGCAAGGGCCUAUGAUUACAUUGUGAUUGGAGGUGGUACAGCAGGGUGUCCCCUGGCAGCAACACUUUCACUGCACUACUCUGUUUUGGUAUUGGAGAGAGGAGACUCUCCUUAUGGAAAUCGGGAUGUUGAAAACUUCAAAAGCUUUUUCAAGUUUUCUGGGGAUCCCAAAAAUUAUCCCUAUGUAGGAGAGGGGUUUGUCUCAGAAGAUGGAGUUCAAUUGGCAAGGGCCAGAGUUCUAGGAGGUGGAACAGCUAUCAAUGCUGGCUUCUACAGCAGGGCAAGCUCUGAAUAUAUUCAGAAAAUGAAGUGGGAUGAGAAACUUUUGAAUGAAUCAUAUGAAUGGGUGGAGAAGUUGAAUGUCUUCAAACCAGACAAGCUUUUUCCUUGGAGUUCUGCUUUCAAGGAUGGGCUUCUUGAAGCUGGUGUUCUUCCUUACAAUGGAUAUAGUUUGGAUCAUUUGGAGGGCACCAAGAUUGGUGCCUCAAUUUUUGACAAGAAUGGAAAGAGACAUACUGCUGCAGAUCUUCUUCAGUAUGCAAAUCCAGAAAAUAUUGUUGUUCUUCUGAAUGCUACAGCCAGCAGAAUCCUUUUCAAUUUGGCAUCAGGAAAAUUUAAGGCUAGUGGCGUGGAGUUCACAAGUAAUAGUGACAGUAAACAUCAUCAAGUAUUGCUUAGUCAAUUGUCAACAAAUAGUGAGGUGAUAUUGUCAGCCGGAAGUAUAGGUAGCCCUCAAAUUCUCCUCUUGAGUGGAAUCGGCCCAGCACAACAACUUAAAAAAUUGAACAUUACCGUUCUUUUAGAUUUACCUUUGGUAGGGAAAAAGGUUCAAGAUAAUCCUAGUACAAGAUUCUUUGUAGUGUCUCCAAAACCACUUGAAUUUUCUAAUGUACAAGUAGUGGGCGUUCUAGACAAUUCACAACUCGACAUCCAAUCUGCCAGCUUUUUCCAACAAAAUAAUGCCACAAAUAUACAAUAUUUAGGCUUUGUUGCAAGUAAGGUGGCAUUCCCCUUAUCAAGGGGCAAACUUUGGCUUAAAAGCACAAAUCCUCAAGAUACCCCCUAUGUUCAUUACAAUUAUUAUUCACACCCCUUUGAUUUACAAAAAUGUAUGUUUUGUGUAAAAGUAAUGGUUAGUCUAAGUAUGACAUCUUCUAUUCAAGAGUUUGCAUUUAUUGAUAAUGGACAUUCCAAAACCCUUCGAUUUCUUGGGAUGCCAUUACCAAAGAGUCAAUCAAAUGAUGAUGCCUUGGCCAAGUUUUGCAAUGAUACAUUAGGGACAUAUUACCAUUACCAUGGAGGUUGUCAAGUUGGUUUGGUGGUUGACAAAAGGUAUCGAGUGAAAGGUGUUGAUAAUCUAAGGGUUGUGGAUACUUCAACUUAUAAGGAUUCCCCUGGGACCAAUCCACAAGCCACUACCAUGAUGCUUGGAAGGUAUAUGGGAAUUCAUAUCCUUCAAGAGCGUAUGAACCCUUGAAAUUAUUGGAAGAUCAUGCUAAAGUAAUUGGCACAUUCAAUGUAUUUCCUUUUAGUGAUAUCGAAUUAAAUAAAUACUAGAAUAAAUACCAUUUAUAAUAAUAUAAUUGACAACACAUGGGGUUCUUCCAGCAAUGUGAUAGUUAAGUUGUGGCAUUGUUGAUAGUGCCACCAAGGUUCAAAUCCCUUUAGGGUUGAUUAUGAACAAUGAUUGUGAGCCAUUAUGACAUUCAUACUAGUUGUUAAUGUUCGUUGGGCUAAUGUUGUUGUGUUAAUAUUGGAGAUGAGGUCCCCUAUUUGUGAUCUCUCUUGACUGUGGACGAGGCUAAAAAGUCUUAUAACCGACAAAAAUAAAAUGGGAGAAUGUUUAAUCU